AUGAAAGUGCUUCCCCCUGAAACUUAUGAAGUAGCUCGUAAUUCAGGGACCGAACCAGCUUUUUCUGGAGCAUUUGAUAAAUUUUUCGAGAAAGGGCGCUACAUGUGUCUCUGUUGUGGUGCUGAAUUAUUUAACUCUGAUUCUAAGUAUUGGUCUGGUUGUGGAUGGCCGGCGUUUUCAAAAUCUAUCGAUAACGACUUAAACAUAGUAAGGGUGCCGGAUAACUCGCAUGGAAUGAAAAGAGUGGAAGUUAAAUGCAAGAAUUGCAAUGCACAUCUUGGUCAUGUGUUUGACGAUGGCCCCAAGGAGACAGGGGAGCGAUACUGUAUUAAUAGUGUAUGCAUGGCGUUUGAGAAGGCUGAGUGA